AUGGCGACCGAAAAGGUUUCGCUCUACAACCUUGCUGAUUUAAAGAACACCUCGGACGACGCGAUCCCCAACUACCUCAACUCGCUCAAGUUCACGCAGACCCAUGUCCUCCAGGAUGUACGCCUCGUGCUCGGCUACAGCGCCUUUUCCGUCGCUGCGCUCUGCUUCCUCUGGGACUACAAGCUCGGCUGGGACAGCACCAAGCACUACACCGCGGCCGCCGUCGUCGUCUACAUGCUCCUCAACGCAGCUCUGACGUACUGGACGACUUUUCGGGAAAAGAGCGUCAUAUAUCAAGGCACAGCGCCGUCCGGCGACAAGAUUACCAUUUCAACGACGACGAAAAAAAAUGUCCCCGUCUACAACCUGGAAAUCACCGUGCAGCCGAAACGAGCCGGCGAAAAGACGCAGACGUAUAGCCUCGCCAAGGAAUUCGCCGGCUGGUUCGACGAGGUCGGCUUCUUCGUCGCCGCGCCGUUUCAGGAGAUGCUCGCGUCGGCCGUGCCGCUGAUUGGCAAGCAGGAUCCCAAGCGCGUCACGGCAUCGCGGGAGACGCUCGACGCCAACCCGGAUCUUCUUGAUGCCGUUUUGGCGGCGUCGGCCACAGAGGCCAAGGGCGAGGCGCGGAAGCGCAAGGCGUAG